AUGUCUGCUGUGGACCAAGAAGCCGCCGACCAGGAGGCGCGCCUCAGAGAGGUGCGCAAGCUGUGGCGGGCGUGGAGGACGGUACACGAGAUGUGCCAGGACCGGGGUUACGAGCUGGCCGAGGAGGAAGUCAAGAUCAGUUUCGAGAAGUUCGCAUCAGAAUACACGAAUGGCGACGGCACACCAAACCGCGGCAAGAUGCAGUUCUCCGCCCGCCCCUCAGACGCCAUGAUCAAAAAGUUCACCCCGCCGCCGACGGCCGCGGACCCGGACCCGGCCACCGAGUGCGGCACCGUCUGGGUCGAGUUCAUGCAGGAGUCGUCGAUCGGCGUCAAGGAGAUCAAGCGGUUCGUGCAGCACUGCUCGGGCAACAACUUCAAGGCCGGCAUCAUGGUCACCCAGGGCGCCCUGUCGGCGCAGGCCCGCAAGUCCGUGACGGCGACCUCGCAGCUCGUCCAGAUCGAGUGCUUCAUGCAGGACGACCUGCUCGUCAACAUCACGCACCACGAGCUCGUGCCCACGCACGUGCUGCUCAGCCGCGAGGAGAAGGCCGCCCUGCUCAAGCGCUACCGCCUCAAGGAGACGCAGCUGCCGCGCAUCCUGCAGAAGGACCCCGUCGCCCGCUACUUUGGCCUCAAGCGCGGCCAGGUCGUCAAGAUCAUCCGCAUCAGCGAGACGGCCGGCCGCUACGCCAGCUACCGGCUCUGUGUCUGA